GAUAUUCCGCCGGAAAUAUGGCUUCUGAUAUUCCAGUAUGCGACAUACAUUCCCGAAAGCCAUAAUAUCAUACCUGCGGACCCGUUCCAGCGAUCUCGAUUCCCGAGGAUGGCGAUGGGAGCAAAUACCCCGGUCCUCUCGAUGCGGACGAAAUGGAGCCUCGUCCUCGUCUGCCGUGCUUGGAGGCAGCUUGCCACGGUACUUCUUUACGAGCAUUUGGUCAUCAGGAGUCUUCGCCGGGCUCUUAAAAUAUGCUCGACGUUAAGGAACAGCGUUCGGCGCGCCACCAUAAACGGCAUUGAAGUGGACGUGUCGGAAUACGGCCAAUGGACGAAACACAUCGAAGUACAUGCCCACAUCCGCACUUUUGACACUAUGACAUUUGCAGAGGUUCUGUACCGCAUCCUCCAGUGCUGCCCCAAUGUCCGUAUUCUUUCGGGAACAUGGGACAGACCUAUCCCACGGUGGCUGAUGGCUGCGCUCCCUCGAUUCUAUGGAUCCAAGCUGGAACUUCUCCAGUGGGACUCGUUAUCGCUCACUACACGGUCCACCGAUGUCUGUACUCUCACACCCGAAUUCCUUACGGCGUUUCACUCCCUACGAACCCUGGACCUGCGGAAGUUCGGUGGCUGGAAUGAGACAGAUUACGGCAAACCCAACCUAGCGCUCCCCCGUCUUUCACAUCUGCUGCUGACAACGAACGAGUCCUCGCUACGGACCGCGACUAGCCUGGUUCUCCCGUCCCUCACCCAUGUCGUAGUAGAAGUCCCCUACUUCUACCCAGUGCCAUUGCAUUUGGAGCAUCUGGACGCGUUUCUUGAGGCCCACGGCCCGAAGAUCACAUAUCUCGAAGUCGUUUCGUCCCCGAUGUACAUCAGCGCCGACGAUGCCAAUCCAGACGCACCACACACGGUCGUCUUGCCCUCCCAUCGGCUGAAUAUUGCCUGCUUCCUCAUGCCAGGUGUCUGUACGCACUUACAGGACCUCGUAUUCGAUGUUCAUGAGCACGUAAUCGACUUCAAAGGGAUACCCACCCCGCAUCAGUCGUUACGUCGCGUCGGCCUGCGCGGGCUGUCAGGUGAAGCCAUAUCGCCGGAGAGACCUCAUCCUUCACAGGCGAUCUACCAUCUUAAGUCUUUCCGCCGCAAAUAUCUACCAUCAUUGGAGAUUGUAAGGACUCUGGGUUUUUAUGGGGACGCUAUGGAGAAGCCCACUUUGGGCAUAUUCAUACAAUGGACGGAAUUCUUUGAAAAGCGCGGUAUCGACCUCCAGGAUGGCGAAGGCGUGGUAUGGUUAUGGGCUGACGACGAAGAGGAUGACGCG